CUGAGAGAGCCCAUCACCGCUGCCAUGGGCUGGGGAUGGAGCCGCUACCUCGUGGCCCUGCUGCUCCUCUUGUCCCCAGGGCCGGGCAUCGCUUUCUCGCUCCUGCAGUACCGCUACGACUGUGGGGACUAUGGCAUGCAGCUCCUGGCAUAUCCCACCCGAGGCCGCACCGUCCGCUUCAAAGUCUUGGACGAAUUUGGCACCCUUUUUGAAGUGGCCAACUGCUCCAUCUGCCUCCACUGGCUCAACAGUGGGGUGGAUGGAGGGAUGAUCUUCUCUUCUGGCUACGAGGGCUGCCACGUCCUGGUGAAGGAAGACCGCUACAUCCUGAGGGUCCGGAUGGAGGAAGUGCUGAUCAGCGGGGUCAUUGCUGCCUCCUACGAAGUCAACAUGACCUGCCCGCAGCCAGCUGACUACAGUGUCCUCGUGGAUGGGAACAUGCGCAUCGAGCAUCAAGGGAAUGGCAUCCACCAGACCCAGGCUGGCGUCCUUGUUCCCCUACCCCAGCCCCAGCCUGGCCUCCUGCACCAUGUGUCCCAGUCUGCCUUAGCUCUUCCUGGGCAUCAGCUCCCACUCCAAACCCAUUCAGACCAGGUCCACUCCGUGGCUCAGCCCCAGCCGGGUCUGGUACAUCCUGGACUUCAGCGCCAACCUCAACCCAGCCUGGUUCGCCCAGGGGUUCAGACCCAACCUGGCCAGGUUCGCCCGGGGGUUCAGACCCAGUCAGGGAUAGUACACCCGGGAGUUCAACCGCAAUCCCAGCCUGGCCUAGUGCACCCUGGCAUUCAGACCCAACAUGGCCCAGCUCGUCCUGGGGUUCAGCCUCAAACCCAGCCAGGGCUGGUUCAUCCCCUUGCUCGGCCCCAGACAGAUUUACGUCCUGGCAUCCAGCCUCCAGCCCAGCCUGGCCUGCUGCACCCUGGGGUUCAGACCCAACCUGGCCUCGUUCGCCCAGGAUUUCGGCCCCAGUCCCAGCCUGGCCUCAUUCACCCUGGACUACAGUCCCAGCCUGGCCUUGUUCACCCUGGACUACAGCCCCAACCUGGCCUUGUUCACCCUGGACUACAGCCCCAGUCCCAACCUGGCCUAAUGCACCCUGGUGCUCAGACUCUGACAGGCUUAGUACGCCCUGGCAUUCGGCCCCAAACCCAACCAGGCUUAGUUCGCCCUGGCCUUCAGUCCCACUCUCAAGCUGGUUUAAUACACCCUGGUGUCCAGACCCAAACUGGACUGGCAUAUUCUGGCCUUCAGUCCCAGUCCCAACCAGGUCGAGUGCACCCAGGUGCCCAGACCCAAGCUGGACUAGUACGCCCUGGCCAACCCCGACCAAGUCUAGUGCGCCCUGGGCUUCACCCCCAAGCCCGACCAGGUCUAGCACGUCCUGCACUUCAGCCUCAAACCCAGCCAGGUCUAGUGCGCCCAGGAUUUCAUCCCCAAGCCCAGCCUGGUUUGCUGCGUCCUGGGCUUCACCCCCAGCCCGGCCUGCUGCGCCCCACGGCUCUCUUCUACCCCUCUGCAGGGGCAGGUGCCCAGCUAACACGGGAGCAGUGCCACGUGGCCGCAGGGAAGAUCCCCUGCAUAGCCCCGCAGGGCCGCGAGGCCUGUCUGCAGGUGGGAUGCUGCUACGACGACAUGGACCGCAUUGCUCCCUGUUAUUAUGGCAACACAGCAACCGUCCAGUGCCUGCUGGAUGGGCACUUCAUCAUCGUGGUGCCCCGGGGCCUCUCCACCCAGCCCUACAACCUGGACAGCGUGCGGCUGGCCAAUGCUGAGGCCCACUGUGACCCUGUCAAGGUGACAGAGGCUUUUGUGAUGUUCCACUUCCCUGUCACUCAGUGUGGUACCACCGUCCAGGUGAUUGAGGACCGACUGAUUUACGAAAACCAGCUGAUCUCUACCAUUGAUGUACAGUCAGCACCACAUGGCUCCAUUACACGGGACAGCGUUUACAUCCUCCACGCUCGCUGCAUCUACAAUGCCAGUGACCUCUUGCCGGUCCGUGUGGAGGUUGCCGUGCCCCCUACAACUGCACCUCUGAUGGAGCCGGGGCCUCUCCGGCUCCAGCUGCGCAUUGCUACUGAUGAAAGCUAUAGCACCUACCACGAGGACAGUGACUAUCCCCUUGUGAAGGUGCUCAGGGACCCCAUCUAUGUAGAGGUUCGCCUCCUGCAGAAGACAGAUCCCAACCUGGUCCUGGUCCUGCACCAGUGCUGGGCAUCCCCCAGCACCAGCGCUACGGCAGAACCCCAGUGGCCCAUCCUGGUGGACGGGUGUCCAUUCAUAGGUGACAACUACAGGACCCAGCUCGUGCCUGUGGGACCGGCCUCACCGCAGCUGCCCUUCCCGAGCCACUACCAACGCUUUGUUGUCUCCACAUUCACCUUCGUGGAGUCCCCCUCCAUGGCCAUGCUUGAAGGAGAGGUGUACAUCUUCUGCAGUGCCUCUGUGUGUCACCUCGCACAGCCAGAGCCCUGCCGGCCCUCCUGCCAGCUGGGAGUGCCAUCAAGAGCCCGCCGGUCUCUGGGUGGCAAGAUGACACCAGAUCCUGUGGACACAGUCAUUUCUCAAGGACGCAUAGUCUUCAAGGAGAGCCCCAAGGUGCAGAAAGGCUGAGCUCAAGGGUGGAGGCCUCCAGGACAGACCUGACUGGACAUCUCCUGGCUCUGCUCUCCCUUGUGGCAAAUGUGCAGAAUAGGAAGGAGAAAAAAUAAACCAGCAAAUGUUGUGGCUCAA